AUGUCACCCGGAUUGUCGAUGCCAACGUCGUCCACUUGGAUGGAGCAAGAGAUACCUAUGAAUGGAUCAUACCGCAUCUAUGUGUUUGCUGGUGAACAGGCUGUGACAAGGAAGGCUCUAUAUGACUUUGGCGCCAAUCUUGACAAGAAGGGUUCCUUCUACAGCUCAUACAGGCGUCCUGACAAUACAUCUAUCUCUUAUCAUAAGCGUCACAACCCAGAGAGUUUGUUCUACACUUUAUGCACCGUGUUUGCCAGCAAGAGAGCCGACAUUGAGGUAUCGCAAGACGUCCCAGCGACUCUAGCGCGUUACAGGGACCACAUUUUCGCGGAUGACAUUUGGGACCAGCGAGUGCCAAACGCCACUGCAGCAACACACGCAAAGAUGGGCCUGGAUCAGAACAAGGGCGGAGUGCGACCUGAUGGAUAUGUUGGUAUUGUUGUCAGUUUGGUGGAAGGCAGUGGAACGGUGGAUACCUUGAACGAGUACUUUGCCGCAUUCUGCACGAAGAAACUUGGUGAGCUGAGGGGUCAGCUGUAA